CCGUUUCUACUUAAUUUCUUCGUCCCACCACUUGCCACUCCACCCAUAACAAUAGUCAUAACCACACAUAAGUUAACCACCAUUUUGCUUUGAUUCACACUGCAUUUUAUGUAUUCUCCUGGGUCGAAGACGAGAACUUGAAAGCGAAUUAUUCAAUAAUAAAGGUUUCAUAGAACAGAAGACCUCGGUCAACGAGUUGAUGAAUUUGAAAAUUAAGAUAACAAGAUCAUAGCCGGAGCAAGUGCGUUCAUUGUUUUCAUCUAGAGAUAUAUACUUAACUUGAAUAUUCUUUAAAUUACACGUAACGUAUCAUUCCUUGCAACAUCAAUAUUUUGUAUUCAUUACCUUAAAGUUUUGAAUUGAGUCUGAUAGGUACUUAAUGUCAACUCCAAGUUCUCCCCUCCCUUCCAAUACAUCCCCUACCUCCAACACCAACCGCCAUCGUCGCCGCCGCUUCUCACUUCCACCAUGGAAAGGUGCAAAACCAAUACCACUAGCCAUAUCCAUAUUAAUAGGCAUACUCUUUCGCUUCGCCAUUCCAAAACCCCACCAACUCUCCACUAAAGCAUGGCAACUUCUAGCCAUUUUCCUCACAACUAUCUCUGGUCUAAUUAUCGGCUCAUUGCCAGUUGGCGCGUGGGCUUUCCUUUGCCUCACGCUUACCGUCGUCACGAAAACCUUAACAUUUGCUGCAUUCACCAAUGAAGUCAUUUGGUUAAUUGUUGCAUCAUUCUUUUUCUCAAGAGGGUUUAUUAAAACUGGACUUGGUGAUAGAGUUGCUUUAUGUUUUGUGAGUUGGCUUGGAAAAAAUACUUUGGGUUUGUCUUAUGGUUUGGCAUUGAGUGAGGCGGCAAUUUCUCUGGCUAUUCCAAGUACAACUGCAAGGGCUGGUGGGAUUUUCUUGCCUAUUAUUAAGUCAUUGGCUGUCACUGCUGAUAGUCACCCAAAGGAUGAUUCUGCUAAGAAGCUUGGUGCUUAUCUUGUUCAAUCUCAGUUGCAGGAAAUGCUAUUAGUUUAUUGUAGGGGGCUGAGUCGAUAAAUGGCCAGGUCAUCGACUCGCCCAAAAGUUACUUUGGUUGAGAUGAAUUGGGUCAAGAUGGGCUAAGAUUUGGGUCAUAGCCAUUCGCUAUCAUCGUACUUGUUUUUAGUAGAAGAAUCAGCCCGUAUAGUUAUUUUUAAACUAAAAAUAGCCGGAAGAUAUGUAAUCUAUGUAUAAUAUGUGUAUAUGCAUUUAUAAUCAGCAUAUUGUAUACAAUUUAUUACGACAAGUAAACAGUGAAUCCGACAGUCUAUUCGGAUAUAAAUCUCUUAAUAUGAGCAGAGGUUAAUGGGUU